CACAGGUUAGUGUGAGCAACGCAGAAUGAAAAUGUCCUUCCAAACCGGGAGAAAGCAACAAAAACGAAGAACUCUGUGACGCAGCGACGUGCAAUGCAAAACUGUGUAUCUGGACGAGUGCAGCUGGUCUGCAGGCAGUGUUAAGAGCUGAUUAGAGGGCAGAACUGAGUUCCCGUCUAUCUUCAGCUGAUCCCGGUGUAGUUUGUCGGCAUUCGGAUGUGGAUGCGUUUGUAGGUGGGAGGGGCGGAACUGAGAUGUCAAUCGGAAGAGCCGAGAGCAUGUCCAUCAUGCAGGCCUUAGCCAUGACCGUGGCUGAGAUACCGGUCUUUCUCUAUUCCAACUUUGGACAGUCUAUAUUCUCUCAGCUGAAGUUGAGCCCCAGUCUGAAGAAGGUGUUGUUCGCCACGGCUCUGGGCAGCGUUGCUCUGGCACUGACCGCACAUCAGUUAAAGAGGGGCAGGAAGAGGAAACAGGCCGUGGGUAAAGAAGGGCAGAAACCAGUGGGCAUUCCGGAACAACUGCGUCGAACCAGCAGACCGGCCUCGCUCAAGAGAGGUGCAGUUCCAGGGCGGCAGAUGAUGAGUCCCAGCGUUCGCAGUAAUGACACACCGAGUGCCGUUUCGUCUCUCGCACCCAGCAAACACUCCAGCUCUUCCCACAGUAUCGCCUCUAUGCGAGUCUCGUCCUCUCCCAACCAAUCAGCGAACGCUGGGACGCCGUGGGAGGCGGAGCCAGUAGCUGAAGAGCCUGGAGUUAUGGAGGAUGCUAAUGCAGAGAACCUCUAUAUCAUGGGUAUGGAGCUGUUUGAGGAAGCUCUUCGUAAGUGGGAACAGGCUUUAAACAUCAGAGACAGAUCCCACUCCAGUGCCUCGAGCAGUCUCGUCCCACAAGGGUCGGAACUUGCGGAGCGUCAGACUCCUGAAUUGCAGAAUCAUCGGUUUGCAGAGAAGCUGGAAACUCUUCUGCACAGAGCGUAUCAUCUGCAGGAGGACUUCGGCAGCACCAUACCACCUGACAGUCUGCUCGCUGACCUGGAGAGUGAAGGGACGAUGAUUCUGCCUCCCCUUGGAAGCUCUCAUCCAAUCCAAGAUGAUGAUGCCACGACAGUCAAGUCAGACGACUCCUUUUUCUCUGCAGCUGAGUUGUUUGAUACAUAUUCUCCAGAUGACACGUUUCAUCACCUGAAGCCUGCAGCUCUGUAUGAAGAGGCUCUGAGUUUAGUUAGAGAUGGAGGUGUGGCCUGCAGGUCACUGAGGACAGAGCUCUUGGAGUGUUACAGCGAUCAGGACUUCCUGGCUAAACUACACUGUGUUCGACAGGCCUUCCAGGUGCUGUUGUUGGAUGAGACACACAGAAUGUUCUUUAUGGACGGGAAGCAGAUGAUCUCUGGACUCAUGGCCAAAGCUAACAAGAGUCCGAAGGCAUUUCUGGAGAGUUAUGAAGACAUGUUGCAGUACACCCAGAGAGAAGAGACGUGGCCGGUAACCAAGAUGGAACUGGAGGGGCGAGGGGUGGUCUGUAUGAACUUCUUCGACAUUGUGCUGGACUUCAUCCUAAUGGAUGCGUUUGAAGACCUGGAAAGCCCUCCGUCCUCUGUGGUUGCUGUCCUGCGGAACCGAUGGCUCUCCGACAGCUUUAAAGAGACGGCAUUGGCAACAGCGUGUUGGUCUGUACUAAAAGCCAAAAGGAGACUACUAAUGGUUCCAGACGGUUUUAUCGCUCAUUUUUAUGCUAUCUCUGAGCAUGUGAGUCCAGUUUUGGCUUUCGGGUUUCUGGGUCCCAGACAGCACCUGAGUGAGGUGUGCACCAUAUUCAAGCAACAGAUUGUGCAGUAUCUUACGGACAUGUUUGACCACGAUAAGGUGCGCUUCACCUCGGUCCCAUCGCUGGCCGAAGACAUCCUCAGUUUGUCCCACAGACGAGCGGACAUCCUGGUUGGUUACCUGGGCAUCGACACUCUACCUGAUACCAAUGGAGCUCUCCCCAAGAGCCCGUGCCAAGCCAACACCGGGCAUCCAGAACUGGGCGAACAGCUCAACUGAGGUUUCAGAGCAGUUCAACACAGUUCUAUAAUACCUGUACUUGGAUGAUGCCCACACUAAUCCGUUUCCUCUCAUCCACACUGGAACGCCGUUUUCCUCCAUCGCUCUCCGUAUCCGCAUACUUUGGAAAACAAUGACAUUGUGAAACUGAAAACGGAGGUUUCAAACUUAAAUGGAUUAGUGUGGGCGUGGCCUUAAUUACUUAGACUGCAUUUAUUCAUCACCUCAGACCAAUCAACGCGACUAUGAGGACUUCAUAGGACAUAGACGCUCCUGCUUCGACCUCGUUUCUUUACAUGUUUAGAGAGAUUAACGACUACCACGAGGUCAUCGGAGGCUAUUUGCUUGUACUCAUUUUCGUUUGCCACCGAAUGCCCAGUGCUGCUAUUUAGAAAUCGGACUGGCGUCCAGAAUGACGGCCGGUUUGUACAGCUCAAAAUCACUGAUGCUUUGUAAACCGAUCCUGUCUGGAACCGUCUUGACUUGAAGGUACCAGGCGGCACGAACGGCAGACUUUUAGCCAAACUUGCAGCCUCGUUUGGAGUUGCUGCUCUUGAAUUGUACCCACAACACAUCAACGGAUGCCUCUUACGUCUGAACACAGGCCUUCAGAUUAUUGUGCAUGAACUUGUGUCAUUAAGCAUUUAUGCUCGUGUUAAUGGCCAAAUAAAGUCUUGCACUGAAUCAUGAGUUGCACUGAACACGUUAUCUGGAGGGGGUGAAUGGAGACGGUUUUUGCUCUGUGUGUAUUUUAGUGUGAAUUACUGAACAGAGACAAGCUUUGGUCUAGAUGAGGGUGAAUCUUACAAAAGAAAAAGUUCAGGGCAUAUUUCACCCCAAAAUCAAAAGCAAGAAAAAAAUAUGUUGCUUAAAGAACAUGAAGCCAAUUUUAGGACCAUUUCUUUUCUUUUUUUUUUGCAUUGUGACAUACAUUUUUUAAUUAUUAAUAGUUUCAAUUAUUUUCAUUGUGACAUUUUUCAAUUCAAGCACAU